GUUCCGGGUCAGUGUACGGCCCGGUCUCAGCGCUGGGUUCGUGUUAUUCACCGAGGGAUCUCCCCCCCUCCGUCUGAGAGGGGAGCGGGAACCCGGAGCCCCGGCGGCGGCGGGGGGGAAGAUAUGGAUAAACUGACCAUCAUUUCAGGAUGUCUGUUUCUGGCCGCCGAUAUUUUUGCGAUCGCCAGUAUCGCUAACCCGGACUGGAUAAACACCGGGGAGUCUGCAGGUGCUCUGACAGUCGGCCUGGUUAGACAAUGUCAAACCAUACACGGACGUGACAGAACGUGUAUCCCUCCGCGGCUCCCUCCGGAAUGGGUGACCACACUCUUCUUCAUCAUCAUGGGAAUCAUAUCAUUGACUGUUACUUGUGGUUUAUUAGUGGCGUCUCACUGGAGGAGAGAAGCGACUAAAUACGCCCGCUGGAUAGCCUUUACCGGCAUGAUCCUCUUCUGUAUGGCAGCAUUAAUCUUCCCAAUAGGAUUUUACAUCAAUGAAGUUGGGGGCCAACCUUACAAACUGCCCAACAAUACUGUCGUUGGGUCAUCCUAUGUACUGUUUGUCUUAUCAAUUUUCUUUACAAUAGUGGGACUAUUAUUUGCAGGCAAAGUAUGUUUACCCGGCUGAUGUGAAGAAGAUCUAUAUAUGAUGACUUUUUAACGGAAUGAAUAUUGUAAUUUCUUUUGGGGGGGGGCGGGGAACGGGACUGGGGGUUGUCCGAAGACCCCUGAGGACACUGCCUUCUCAGGAGAAUGUCUCAAACGGACAAGAGAACCGAGAAGAAGAAAAGAUAUUGACUUCUCACUAUGCACUUUGGAUCAAGUGGAGAGUCCUUUUUCUUUCCAUAACCAAAUACAAAUAUCAUUGACUGAGCUCCUGAGCAUAUACAUGCCGUCAGGUCUGCACUGUGACGGGGACUUGCGAAGAACGCUUUACACUGACAAGCAAAUUGACCUUUAUUACUGUACCCGGCGCCUGUUUUUAAUCCUUCGCAACAGGAGUCGAUGACCCAAAACGUUGAGUAUUUAUGAACUUUGCCUAUGACCCAGCAGCAUUUCAAGGCAGAGUGAGGCUGGCCUCGCUGACUAGAGAAAUGAAGAUGCCAACGACACACGGGAGAGGGAUUCUUGGCACCGCAACCAUUCAAAUGCACAAAGGAGCCAAGAGAUCAAAGCCUGUCUAGUUUGGUAUUGCCAGACGGCACAGUAUUCCGGUUUCGUACCGUUUAGGGCUGCUCCUGACGAAGUCAUCUUAACGCCCCUUGGCUUGAUCCAUUGAGAGACGGAGAGAAGGAACCCAAAGUGUUCUACCGGUCAUGGGGUUCCUGUCGGUACCAAAGGGGAACGCUUACUCUGCAAUGUUACAAAGGUGCUUUUUUAAAUUGAAAGGGAAUCUUCCAAUCCUUAAAGCAAAUGAACAAAACAAAA